CUGAAACAAAAUAAUUUUUUCUUGUUUAUCGGUUUCUAUUUCAUUGUGGAUAAGAGAAAAAUAAAUGUUGGUAUGGCUAUUACGCUCCCUAAAAAUAGCUAAAAACGGCCGAGUGAAUAAUAACAACAUAACCUUUUUUUUGAUAUGUGUAAAAAUGGAAAAAUAUCUUUUGGUUGAAUACUUAAGCACAAUUAAAACGGCUAUUAGUGAAACUUUUAAAAAUACUCAACGUAUUAAAAUAACUUGUUUUGAUGUUUCAAAUCAGUAUAUCAUUUUGGGAACUAGUAGUGGCGGAAUCUAUGUGUUCAAAAGGUCUCCAUGUGAAUUUCUUAAGUUAAUUCCAAGCAAAGAAGGAACAACCGUUCAAAUAAAAAUAUCUGCAAAUGAAAAAAAUUUAGCUCUAGCAUCUUCUAGGGGAUAUGUGAUAAUUGUAGAAAAUGUUUUUGUUGAUUUCAAUUUAAGACCUCUUUUGUAUACAGAACACGAAGGCAAUACUAUAACUGUGAUGACAUGGCAUGGAAAUGAUUUAUACUGUGGUGAUAAUACUGGAAAAAUUUCAGUAUCUACAAUAAGUUCAACAUUAACCAAAGCUAUUUUUCAAACUUCCUCUGCAACUUUAAUGCAUCUUGAUUCAACCAUAAUUCAAAUAGAUAUUUACAAAAACUAUUUACUUGUUUCAACUAAAACUUGUACUUAUCUUUGUGAUACAGAAAAAGAGCAAUACAAGCAAAUAGGAAAAAAAUUGAGGGAUGGAAAUUUUGGUGGAUGUUUUUCACAAAGAGAUGCUUCGGAUUAUUCUUCAAAAUGUGAAAGAACUAGAAGUACAUUUAAAACUUUGGGAGAGGAAGGAAACUUCAGUGGUGCUAUAAAUAACAGUGAUGGAAAAGUUUAUUGUGCUAGGCCUGGAGGUAGAUUGUGGGUAGCAAACUUUGAAGGAACAGUUUUGGCGACCUAUCAGUUUAAACAGUCUUUCUGUGAAAAUCCAUCUGAUUUAAUUACCAUAGAAAAUACAAAAGAAGCUAGACUCAAUGUAACUAAAUGUGACAAUAAUAAUGUCUCUAAGGAUUUUAAUUUUGGUAAAGUUUAUCUUUUAUGUGCAAACAUAAUUUUUACUUAUGAUAAUCAAGGUAUCUAUUUUUUUGAUAUGGAAACAACUAGCCUCAUAUGUUGGUCUCAUGUUUAUGACAAUAUUAAAGAUAUACAAAUUGUGAAACGAAACAUCUAUGUUUGGAGAAACAAUCUACAAAUCAACAUUGUUUCAUUACAGUCUUUAGAAGAGUUGUUAACAAGUGCUAUAAGUAGCCACCAAUAUUUAUUAUGUUCGGAUUUAUGCAUAACUUUUAAUAAUGAAGUUUUGACUUUAAUAGAAAAAUCAAAUAGAAUUAAUGUAUUAUGUCUUCUACCACGGAAAUUAAAAGAAUUAGGUGCCAAAGAUCUUUUAGAAAAAACUCAAAAUGUAUUAGACAAAAUUAGCGAGUAUUAUAAUGAUGAUGAAAAUGAGAUGGUUUUAGUAGAAAAUCAGUAUUCACCUGAAAAUAAAGUGCAAAAUUCAAAAGUCGAUAAAAAUUUGGAAAAAUCGGAAAUUUUAUAUAAACAAUAUGUACUUAACAAAUCUUACAAGUUAGCAGAAUUAACAGAAAGUAGUAAAAUUCUAAACAGUUUAAAAUUGAAUGAACUACCUCCAUUAUUUGAGUCUUUUGUUAAAUACGUCCAAGAAAAUUAUGAUGAAGAUCCUUCCUUGUGGUGCAAAGAACAGAUGAUAAAACUUUCUUUUAGAAAUUCUAACAACCUUAAUGAUUUAUUACCGAGUACUCUAGAUUUUUUGAGUGCUUCGUUUCUAGAAUUAAACAAUUAUGAAGUAGACUGUUGUAAUUGUAAAUUUCCAUUACCCAAAGCUCAUAAAAGGAAAGUAGAACAUUACAAACUGGCUUGCAAAUUGUACGAUUACACAGAGAACAAAAAAGAAUACUUAAACAACAUUCCAUCUUUAUACAAGCACAAGGCUAGUGAGACAAAAUUUAACCUUUCAUUAAUAGUCCAGUUUAGCGAUUUGUGUUUAUUUAAAGAUUGUGCCAGUAAAAUCACCUUCGAAAAAUGGGACGAAAUUAUAAAAUUGUUUAUACGAUUAAAUAAAGGCAUGUGUUUAAAUUGUGAUGAGAAGAUCGAUUUGGAAGGCAUAUUAACUUGGAGCGAUAUAGGAAAGCAUAUGGUUGAAAUCAUAGGGCCAAAAACCGCUGUUAAAUUAUUAAUGAGGUAUUCUAGGUUUAUUCCAAGUGGCCAGUUGGACAUGCAAUUUUAUCAGAGUUGUAUUUUUUCCACUAUAAGUGAUCAACAAGGUCCAGCUGUCAAGUUUAUUGGUGACAUGAGAAUUAAGGAAACCUCACACAUGUUUGAAGACUAUUUGAAAGGAUUUUUAAGUGCAAAAUAUAUGGGCACACAAUUACCUUUAAAUUUCAAAAAGGCCCAUGAAAACACUGCUAAAUGUUCAAUCUGUCAGAUAUCUUUAAAUAAUCCUGUUUUAAUAGACGUGAAAAAAUGUCACUGUGGUAAUAGUUACCACCAAAUAUGUUUAAGCAGUAAUAAUAAUGUCUGUAAAUUUUGUGUGAAUUCAGCAAGUAGCUAAAUAUUUUAUAAAAUCAUUUGUUUUAAUAAUUCUACAGGGUUCUAGAAAAUCAUGUUUUGUUUAAUGGGUUUAUACGGUCAAAAGAGAUUUUACGGAUGAUUAAGUGUGAUUAAAUGAAAAUAAAACUAUAAACUAAAGCGUACAUGUUGGAAAAUAUCAUUUUCAAUCCUCAUAACAAGGCAGUUACUUCCUGGAUUGUAGUAAUAGUUUUUAAUAUAAAAAAACGUUUUUAUGUACACUCCUUUUAAAACCGAAUAAUAAGGAACCGACAAUCUGUUGAAUUUAUUAUUAUCGUCAGAAUAUUAAACAUUUACCACAUACUAUCUGAAUAUAUGUUAGUUCGGGGUUAGCUUCAAAAUUUAUUACUUUAUAUAGACUUUUAUAAACGUGCACAUGUAACAAUUGUUACAUUUCUUCAAUAUCCCAGAGGUUCACAGAAGGCUCGAUAGAGGUCUACACAAAUUUAUAUUAUUAGAUCAGUGAUUCCGAUUGUGGGCCAGUAAACUCCCAGUGAACCAAGGAAGAGACUCGAAUGGGUUUAAGAAAAUGUCCAUCAUAGAUUUUCACAUAUGUUAAAGAGUUUUGGGAAGAUGGUUGAAUAAAUUAAUAGCAGGGAGUCCACGAGAAAAAUAGUUUAUGAGCUCUAUUAUCAAAACGAUUUGGCAGAUAUUUGAAUAAAUGAGGUUCUCAAUUCACCCUUUUAAAGAAUUGUAUUUUCCUCAUUAUUCGGUUUUUAAAAAUUGUACAAGACCGUUCAAAUAUGAUCGAGACAUUCUGCACAUUCAUUUAUUAUCGAGAAUAUUCACAAAAAUUCACAGUUUUUCUAGGUUAUUCCUCUUAUACAUUUUUGCCAUAUCUCCGGAAGCUUUUUGAUGCCGGUACCGGGAAUUUCUUGGGCGUACAAACUCCUCUACUUCGUCGUCGGUGUUGAAUUUUUGACCUCCAAGGGCUUCUUUCAGAAGUUCAAACAUAUGGUAGUCGCGGGGUGAUAAGUCAGGAGUGUAGAGGAGAUGCUCUAGUAUCUCCCACCCCAGCACUGAUAUUGCAUCAAGUGUGAGACGCGCGGUAUUAAGGCGCGUAUUAUCUUGGAGAAGAAUCGCACCUCACGCUUGAAAGCUCCUCCGUUUCAAGCGAUAAGCGGGUUUCACGUUUGUUCUCAGAAGGUUAGAGUAGUAUGUAGCAUUUACAGAACGUUGUGUCGCAGGAAGUCAACGUUGGUCGAGGAAUACAGUACACAUAAUCUCUUCCCGCAGAUUUGGAUGUCUUCGCUUUUACUGGCACUCCUUUCGUCUUACUCGACUUUUUGGACCACACCUUGCUUUCGGGUUUCAUCUGUUGUGAAGAUUCGUGUUAAAAAACAGUUGCGUUAGCAAGCUGCGACCGCAGGAUUUUUGCUCGAAAUUCAACAGUUUGGUCUAUCAGUACUAAUGCGGAGUUUAGUCAAAUUUUUCCAAACAUUCAACCUACGGUCCACCAAAAUGAGAACAACUUUUUCUAAGCGGCGAAUGUUGUCUGGUGUGAUGCUGAUUCCCGUUCGACGAUCAUGCAGAUCAUUUUGAACCAUUUAAAUACAGCAGAACUACUCAGGCACUCAUUACCGAAUUGAUUUUGUAAAGGCAGAAAAAUGUCUUCCUUCCCACACCAAAAAACGAAUGACAUACGUCGCGCAAUGGCAAUCGGCUCUUGACGUAGCACGCGAGUGAAACGAAAACUAUGCCACAUUGUUGGCAAGGGAUCCAGCUCACACAUAAUCAAGCCGCGACUCUCAAAACAUACAGGCGCGCAGUCUACAGCGUUUGUCUAGAUCAUAUUUGAAUAGCUAUAAUACAUAAAGAAGUCUCUUCAUCUAAGAACGAACUAAUAUCUAGAAAUUAUUAUUCUGAAACACUUUUUAUAAUAGAUUUGGCGCUUGUUCAAGUAUGAUGUAAAGACUACAAGGUGUGUUCUUGCGCAGCCGUAUAGCCAAAGCCAAUGAGAGGCCAUAUUGUUCUUCUAACCAAUCAAUUCAAUGCGGGAAUUUGAAUCUUUUCGUUUUAAGAUUGUUAUGAACGAAACGUUGAGAAAAAUGAAUUCAGCGUAUGGUAAAUUGGGCUUGGUUGAAAGGUAUUUAAAUAAAAACAAUUCUCAAAUUAAUGUGAUUUCAAUGAUUUUAAAUAGAUUGCAAAACUUUUUGCCAUGUAAAGAAUGUAUAUUAUAAAUUUUUUCCAUUAACAAGGAGAAUUAGAUAAUAAAUAAAAUCAUGUUUUUUAACAAUUUAUUGAUAAAACAAAUUGUAAAACUUUAGUUGACAUAGCAACACACAUAGAAAGCAGGAUCUUUAACUGUAAGAUAUAAACAGUUUUUACACAUACUUGAUUAGGGAGCUACUUACAAAUAUUUUAUAGUUAUACAGCAUUUCUGCUAAUUUUUUCUACACUCACGUUGAAUUUUUGCUGAUUGAUAGAUUCUCAGUUGGCACUGCAUCUUUGGAUAACACAUAGAUAUUAGUAUCUCCACUAACAAUCAAGUGCUCGUGCUUUUGCACUAUCUUUUUUUUAAAUGACUCGAACUUUUUUCCAUUCAUUAAGUAAUUUAAUAUCUUCUGUAGGAAAUCUAUGAAAACUAAUAUCUUUACCUCUACAAUUAUUAUUGUUAUUUGCGCAUGAAGAUACAGAACAAAAAGGCAUUUCAAUGUUAAUAAUUACUUUAUACACUCAAUGUAAAUAAAUAUAAAUCAGUUAGCUGGUGACAGCCAAUAUGGCGUUAAUUUUUUUUUCGGUAAGAACACAUCUUGUAGGCUUUAUAUCAUGCCUCUAAUAAUUCCAGUCUGUUUUUUCUAUUUAUAUUUGACCAACUUAAGAAUGUAAUAUUUCUGUGAUAUAUUUUUUUUAUAUUAGGGCUCAAUCAGACGUUGUGGAGUAGACGUGCGACACGACUAUUAUGAAACGGAGAGAAUCCAUAUAUGUAAUACUUCUCUCUCUCCUCCGGGCGCUUCAGAUAGUUCUGAGCAUCUUUUGCGCGCAUGAAGCAUGCGCAGUAUAGGUAAAGUGUAUCGAACGAGAGAGAAAAUGAAUAUUGUCAUUUCAUGACGUACACGCUCUGGGCCGGUAUUCUUAGAUCCUCGCUUUAUUUCACUUGCAUUCGCAUUUAAAUAGACAAUUCUAACCUCUCAUUUUUAUUGAUAGUGUUUAAAAAAUUAUAAUUGUAUAUAAGUCAUUUAUGAUUGUAGUCAUAUAUAAGGGAUUGUAUAUUGGAGUGCUGGAAGAACUAGAAAAAACUGAAGAAAUUGUUGUAGAUCCCUAAUGAGUUGUUCUAAGAGACCCUCUAAUACAACUCAGUGAUGACCAAUUUAAAAAAAUAUUCCGGCUAACCAAAGAAACUUUCAGAUAUUUUUUGAUACAAUAUAUCUGGACAAACCUGUAAUAACUACAGUAGUAAGAACUGUUUUAUUUUUUAUUUGGUUUUGAUUUAUAUAAAGAUAUGUAGAAUAUGUAGCUGCACAGUAUUUAACAUGAAUUGAAAGUCUCUAACUGUUAAAAUGAAAUGAUUCUUGGAUUAAAUUCAAACUAAAAGUAGUGUAAUUAAAAACAACCAGUUACUUUGAUCCUCCAGUUUCUCAGUAUAAGCCUUGAAAUCAAAUGAUCCUGACUUGCUCUUGAUCAACUAUCACACAGUAGUUCACAAAACAACUUGAUUAAGGCACGUCCAUUUAUUCAACUCCUACAGUUGGCGUGAAUCUGGGCAUCAAAAAUUCUUGGGUUAAAUUCAAAUUAAAAAAAGAAUAGAACUAAUGACAAUGUAAUUAAAAACGACCAGUUGCUUUCAAAAAAAUAAAUAGUUACAGAAACGUUUCCGUGAAAUCAAUAUUCAAACGGUAAGUCAAUUGUUGUUGUCUUGUGUUCGACCAAGUACGAGGUAGGUAACUCCAACAAUGAUUUCAUUUAGUUAUUGGCAGCAUUGAAGUUUUUUGAUACUGGUAGUUACUAGCAAGAUGUAGGUAAUAAUUAUUGUUUGGAUAUUUCCCAAUCAUUGUAGUCUUUCAAUGAUACAGCUGAGUACUACAAUGGCCCUGACAAUAUAGCCCUCUGCUUCAAGUGCGGUAAAGAAGGACAUCAACUUAAUGCCUGCAAGGAAACCGAAGAAAGGUGCUUACUAUGCAAUGAUGAGAGUCACACCAUAGGCACAGAGAGAUGUAAAGCAUUUAGAAACGCGCUGACAAAAAAUAGUAAACUGAGAAGACACACAGACAGACAUUAUGAAGAACCAAAGAGUGUGAAGGAUGCAUCAAUAAAAAUUGUAAAAAAAAGAUCUCAAUAUGCGAAAGGGGCACAGAAAAUGGGUUCGUCUGGAUUGAAAUUUAAAAUUUUAUUCUAAUUAGCUUUUAUAUUGCACUUAGUAGAACAAUCCAAAGAUAAUUAGAUCCUAAAAGGAAUCGAUGUAUUCACAAAAUUAGUGAGGUAUUCAAUAGACAGGAAUAAACGGAUGCAUUCAUAAAAUUCCCCCAAACAAUUCCUAAAUUAAAUGAUAUUGUUCUCAGUUGAAUAUAAAUUUGAAAUGUUUGAGGUUCUUUUUAAAAUCUGGGAUAAUUGUUUGCAUUGACUUCACUCAUGCUGCUCUAUUUCACAGCUCAUAAACUGCUACUAUUAAAAAAAUAUUUUAGGUUAGAAAAGAAUUAUUUGCGUUUAAUUGACAGCACAAGCAUAUAACUAGAAACUAUUUCGACAAAAUACGCUAAUAUACCGAUGUUGCCGUAACUAGUCGCUCUCGUUACAAAUUUGAGAGCGAAGGGGUACAUGAGAAUAUAAAAAUUCCAUAUCGCUACCAAUCCAAUCACUCAUUUUGGUGACCGCUCGCUUGUGAUAGGAGUGAUUUAAGAAUGGACACGCAGAAUCAAGUGACACAUGUGUCUAGGUGUUUAUUGGCUUUCUCCGUUCCUCAAUAGUCGUGACGCACGUCCAUUCCGCACCGUCUGAUUGAGCCCUAAUACAUGUGAAUAUUUCGAAAUUUUAAAGGAUCUGAUUCAUGUCUUAAAAUACAUUUGAUUAUAAAAAUUC